AUGAGCGGCGGGCCAACAACCGUCGAACACAUCGACGCGGUCGAUGCCUUUGCAAGAACGCUGUUUAUACGCGCCAAACAGAUCUCUGGCCCUUCAUUUACAGACGCCGCGACCGCUGUCAGACAACUGCAUCUUUCCUUACGCCAUCUCCGCAUUGAAGCCGCCGACCAGGACUCCCUGCUUAACAACCCUGACGCUGCCGGCUAUGCGCACCAACUGCCCCGCCUAAUCGAGAACUGUAACUUUGCGCUCGAGCAACUCAGCGCCAUCCUCGAUAAGCAUGGAAAUGGCGUGUCCACGGCUGAAUGCAGCGCUGUCAAAGACAAGGUCGCUUCAGUAGCUGCCCGGCUUACACAAGAACACACCAACGUGGCGAGAUUCUUGGACACGAUACAGCUUCACAACCCCGCAAACCCCCCACAGGAUGCCAACUGGGACGAAUCAGUUGACUUGGAAGAUAUUAAGAACAAAGUUGAUAAGGUUGCCAAGCGUGUAUUCAAGCGCCAAGGCAGCGAGUUAUCGGAGGACUCCGACCGCACUUGGCGGGAAUUCAAGACGGAACUGGAGAAGGAAGGCUUUGCUCCAAACGUAUUGAGACAACACAAGGAUGUACUGCGUGCUUAUAUCCGUGAGCUGGAAUCAGCAAGCUGCGAAGGCAACGGAUCGCCACCAACAUUUCAAGGCAUGCUUGAGUACGAGGCAAACACAGCACCACAACCUGUCCAACCGCCUACAGUCCCUCCUAAAAUUCCUCUUACGGACGGCGACAUCGGUAGCCGCUCUGAUAAAUUCCAGCCCACUAUGCGAUCCGAACGACGCCACCCCGAUGAGGCUCCCGCUGAGACUCAUGCCCUUGCUCGCCGACCUAGCUCUCCCGAGGACAUGGCCAUCAUUUCAACCCGCGAGCUGAUUUCAUUGGAUGCCCUAAACCAUAGUAUGGCCAUGAUGCAUAUUGAGCCAGUUUAUAAUCAGCGCCCCAACCCCCCUGAGAGGCGCUAUCUCACAGCUGGGGCUCAUGAUGACGUCCCUCCCCCAAGCGCAAACUUCAGUACAUCACCCAGCUUUUAUUCUUAUACGCCAAACCAGUCAUCUAGGCAGAGAUCACCCCCACGUCCUGCCUCCCCUGGGUUGGCACCUGAUCGUUACGGAAAUAAGAUUCCUAUCGAUGCUCAGUGGACUAAGAUUCGCCGCACUCUAGUGAGCCCAGAAGCCCUUGCGCGCGCCGGCGUGCGAUAUGAAGCUCGACCCGAGUAUGUUGCGGUGCUAGGCCGUCUCACCAAAGAAGAGGUGAUGGAAUUUGCUCGCCAGAGUGCUGAAUGUAGAGCUUCCCGCGCAGGAUCUCAUUUCACUCCAAGACGUACAUCACCACCUCGCCGCGAAUAUUCUUGGAAAACCCGCCACGACGACGGCGACGAUCAUCUCUACGACUCUACUGAUGACGAUGAGAAGCUGUCUAAUAAAGGAACCAAGAGCUAUCCUUAUAUUGUCAGCCCUCCCGAGAAGACUAGAACAUCGCCUAACGGUAGCACUGUCAAGCCAAAGCCCAUUUUGAAGAACAAGAAUGAAAACCACGUACACUUUGGACCAGAUCCAUACGAGGUUGACCCAAGAGGAAGCCCUCCACGCAAAGAUAAAGACGGUCGCAGAAUCUACGCUGCCUCUUCUUCAUCUUCCUCUUCUCAUCGUCGUCGACGAGAUGACGACAGAGACAACCGUCGCGAUGAUGAUCGAUACCGCCGGUCCGAUAACGACAGGCGUAGCCGCGAUGAGCGUAAUAUAAGAAAGAAGAGCAUUGGUGAGACUAUCGGCGCAGUUAGCAUUGGUGGUGCCGCUGUCAGCUUGCUCACUGUUUUGGCACAUGCUGCUGUCGGUGUAUAA